GUGUUUGAUGGCCUUAAAGUUAUUUAUUCAAAUCAAAAGGUGUAUAGUUUGUUAAACAUUACAUAACUGAAUGUUCUCUCUCACAGAUAUCUUUCCAAUCAAUGACAAAUGUAACAAAGUAACUUUCUCCUCAGAUUAUGGAAGAACAGAGUUCAGAGCUGGAGGUAGUGUCUCUCUAUCAUGCGGGGCUCAGAGUGACUGUUCCAUUAUUACCUGGCUGUUCAAUUACAACAAUCGAGACGCUGUAGAAUUGGUUGUAGGACGGAAGGUUAAGUCUGAAGACAACAAAGAAAGACUACAUGUUACAGAGGAGUGUUCUCUGGUGGUAAAGAAGUGGAGUAAGGAAGAUGAAGGUGUUUACACCUGCAGAGGGUUCCCAUCAUCAGGAGGAGGCGUUGAUCAUACACGGCAUGAAGUAAAACUAAUAACAAGCACAAACAGACCAACCCCAACCACAGUGAAAGUGCCUUUGCCACAUGGAGUAGCAAACACAACUUGCACAAGCACAUCCAAACCAACCACUACACAAGUGAAAGGAGCAGCCAGCAGCAGCCCAGCAGCAAGGCCCUCAACAUCAACACCAACCACACACACACUGAACGGAGCAGCCAGCAGCAGCACAACAUCAAGGCCCCCAACAACACCAACACCACAUACACCAAACGGUGGAUCUCCUACAGAACCACCGUCCCGGGGGUUGUAUAUAGGAGUCGGGGUAGCGCUGGGUACAGCGGUCCUGUUGAUCGUGGGCCUGGUUCUCCUCAUUCGCUGGCUCAGAAGGAGAGGAAACAAGAGGCCAAAGGACACCACAACCAUUCAUCUCAGUGUGGACGGAGAUCAGGGCGGAGGUCCAACAUACGCCUCCAUUGUCCUGCCUGAGGGACAGAGGAGCGUGGCUACAGCACAGGUUGAGGACGAUUCCAGCGAUGCAGUAACCUACUCCUCAGUGAGGGCCUCUCCCAGAUGUGGAGAGAAGGCUGGUGAUGUGGACGUACACUACGCCACCGUCAACAAACGGGCAAAAUAACAAAACAUCUGUAGAUGAGUACUUGAUAAAACAGAGCCAACAACAACCGGCAGUAGCAAUUAAGGUUGUAUUCAAGUUUAGUAUAUUAAUAGUAAUCUUCAGAAAAUAAAUUGGAUCAAUAAUUGCUGAAUGAAUUGCUGAAUUUUCGUUUGAGAGAAGAUAAGAGGGAAAUGUAAACUGGAAAACCUACAAUUCCUGAAGAAAUUGUACUUAUAUUCCAUUACAUGCUUAUGUGUGUCUAUAUUUGUGUGUUUAUCUAUGCGUACAUUAUGUUCCCGUAUGUGUACGUAUGUUUGUGAAUGUAUGAACUAGUUCAAUGCUACCAGCAGUUUAUCUCCGACCACUUUGUGAGCUCAGCUUGUCUCAGUUGUUAACACAGAUGUCCUGUUGAAGGUUGUGUGCGAUGUGUGCAUUGGAAAAUUCAAAAGUUUAAUAUCCUAAAAAGUAUUGCCUGAUUAGCUAGGGUGACCAGACGUCCUCUUUUUCCCGGACAUGUCCUCUUUUCGAGACCUAAAAAAUGCGUCCGGCAGGGAUUCCAAAAACGUCCGGUAUUUUGCCUCGUCGCAAAAAAAAAAAUAUAUAUAUAUUAUUGUUAUUAUUAUCUUUUUAUUUUUUUUUGCCUCGUCGCAUAUUUGUGUUUCUGGGUCUUUCACAUAACCUACAAGUUAUUACCAUUGUAUAUGUCCAUGGUUAUUACGGCCUUCCAAGUUCUGGAAAUGGUAUCUCCCUUACGUUCCACCUUCUUGCGCGAGCUGACUGUAGAGAGAGUCUGUCAUUGGGCGACCGAUCUCAUGUGCUCGUUGAGAAGGUGCCGUGUAUAGACGGAAUUAAACCCCCACUGAAGUACGUAGGCCCCCCCCCCCCCCGUCAACAAUCUUGCCCGGGGCGCAAUUGGACCUAGGAUCGCCACUGUCUGCAGCCAUGCCUAAACGUAAAUGUAAGUUCACGGACGAACUAAAGAAAAAAUA